GCCCUACUAUAUGAGCGCGCGGACUGUUGAGUCACUUGAUUGUCCGUCCGGGAGAUCUCCUUCUACCUCCCUGGAGCUCCGUCUAUUCGCUUAUCACCAAUCCGAUGACCCAUCCUUUGCCAGGGCCUCAGACACAACAACUGCCACGCGUGGUCGUGCUGCAAUGGAGUCUUCACUACUUGGCUACGCUCGUUUCCACGGAAUUGCCAGCUCUUUCCUCGAAAUCGACCCAUUUGAUCAUGUUGACUUUUCCCACAUUGCCCUUAGAGACGACACGUUGUCAGAAGCCGUACAGUCAGAAUGCCUUAAUCGCUUGAAUGAUGCUCGUGUUUCCCUUGAGCAAAGUUUGUACCAAGACAAGCUCCAUGUCUCCCAGAGGGCCGGUCGUCUCCUGUCUUCAAUCGUCCGUGAGUCUCAGGCCAAAAGCCCGAGCAUCGAUUGGAAGGAGAUAUUUCCUGCGUUCCGUCGAAUUGAUAAUAUAAAGCUCAACGCUCCUAUCUUUCCCAUGGAGGACAAGAGGAAGACCCAGCGUUACACCUCACAUGAUAUCAAAUCGCAAGUCUCCAAGGAGCCAUUUAAAACCGAUAGUACCGAUGCCACAUCUUUCAUGACUAUAAUCAACGCCGACGACUUCUCAUUGCUUGAGAAAAUCAGGGAGGAGAAGCUGGUCUGUACAAGAGAUUCAGUUGCUCUCAUGCAACAUGCUCGAGUCAGUGGCGAAACACCUGUGAAAGAACUCGAGGAGGAGUUGGGCAGAUUAAUGGAGAUAAGCCGCAAAGAUAUUGGCAAGCCCUUACCUCCUCUCCUCGUCCCCUUGUGCCCCGGUUACUUCCCUCUAAGCCCAGCCCUAGUUUCGGACGAGCACAUGCUCCCAAGCCCUGUCGCUUCAGAGCUAGUGGAUAUGGAUAUCGAUAUGGAUUUGGAUCGCUUUCGGCCAGGGCUCAGAAUGUCAGGAGUGGAAGAUCCAGUCUUGAGUGAUAACGAAAGCCCCGGGGUUGUUGCUGAAACAAGUACAGCAAUGGUGGCUGCCCCAUGCGAUAAUCUUUGGCCGAGCCCUAAGCGCGGAUCGUUAAGCAAUACCGCCGCAUGUCAACCAAGCGCUCUACCACAGAGCCUGACAUCAACAUCGAGAAAAGAGCUUGUGCCUCAGAAGCGAAGAUCAGACCGAAAUCUACGCUUUGGACAGCAGCACUCUCGCCCUCCUGUUCCCCGUGGGAACCUAGGCUCACUGGCAUCCUUUAUGGAAACUAGAGGGAAAGUCACAAGGGACAAAGUUCCUGCAGAAAGUUCCUACUCAAUACGCCAGAAAGAGUCGGAACAAGCAGCGCACGAGAAUAUCAGCAAUGUUACCACUUCCUGCAUGGUAACUCCUCCGCAGAAAGGAAAUUUACCAAAGAAGAAGCCAAACAUACAGCCAGGCCAUUGGCAGGAAACACCAGAGAUCCAAAAUCAAUAUGGAGGUCUAGUUCUUUUCAUUUCGACUGCGCUACUAAAAACACAUUUCAAGGUCCUUCAGCAUAUCGAGCAGAAAGAACGCCCACCAAAAGUUAUAUAUCGAGAUUACGCCCCGGUUCCAACACCCAAAAAUCAGCAAAAAUAUCGAUCUAUCCAAUUCACCUCAAACUCCCAACCCCAGUACCAGCGAAGCGCCCUAUAUCCUCCCCCAGAAGAAGCAGAUAUAGUCCUCUCCGCAAAGACAGGGAUUAUACUCACAACCACACAAGCAGCAAUGCAACAGUACCUCCCAGGCCACAAGCCAACUUCUAUCCCAUUGAACUGCCCAAAGUCCAUGAAUUCGCCUUUACGUGAGCGGAUUUUCCGCCUCUCAUCUCGCUACGAGCAGUUGUACAUAUUCCUAUCCCACGGCGCCAAGCAAUCCAAGAGCCCUAAGUUACGGGCUUUGGGCUUGCAAAUCUCGGCUGAUAAAUACCUUCUCUCCUCGUUGACCACUUUAACGGCCUUCUGCACUUCGUUAUCAAAGCACGCAACUAUCGUCCCUCUUAUAGUCCCAUCAGACCCAGAAAAGAUAGCGGGAUGGAUCCUUGGCUUUGCACAUAAAUACGCAUGCCAACUUCCUCCUCCACGAUCUCACUCGCAAUACAUAAACGCAUUCACACCUGUCAACCCAAAACCGCAACUUGACUUAUGGUUAGGAGAUGUAAAAGAAAGUGUCUGGGAGCUGUUUUUACGACGUAUGGGUCUGAACCCAUUUGCAGCGCAGGUUAUUCUAGCUAUUCUUCGAAGGGAAAAUGAGGCGGAUAAUUCUACACACGAGAAUAGAGCCAGCUGUCUUGCAAGAUUUGUGGAAAUGUCUUCAGAGGAAAGAAAGGCACUCUUUGGGGGACUGCUGGGGGGGAAUGUGCUGGGGCGUGUUGAAUCAAUCAUUGAGAAGGAUUGGCAGUGCGAUUGGGCGCUAGACUUUGAGAGGUUGGUGGAGUGA